CCUAAAGUGGGAAAGCGAGAGAGAGAGAGAGAGAGAGAGAGAGAGAGAGAGAAACGCGGACGGGUGGAUGACGCUGUAGCUUUACCCGGAACGGCCCGGGUCAGGUCAAGACAGGCCGGGUGAGACAGAUAGGCAGACAGGCCGGUGCCGAGCUGGGUUGGGUUUGCGGAAGCGACCGACCGGUGGACAGACGGACAGACAGACAGAGGCUCCGUUAACGAUUAAACAGUUUAUAUUAGACUGCUGGGCGGCAUCACGGCGGCUGUCUGUCCGUCCGCGUGACUGCCUCUGGGUGGUAGAGUUGUGCUCCGGCUUGCAGUUUGUUUCAGGUCCUCCAUAGCAGCGGGGCCUGUUGGCAGAGCAGACCGGGCAGGGAGUGUCGUGAGGCGGCCACAGAGCUGCGGAACCCCCGCUGCUCUUCUGGAGGAUAAAGAGAGGAACAGACAGACAGACAGGAUGCGUGAAUACAAACUGGUUGUUUUAGGAUCAGGAGGCGUCGGAAAGUCGGCUCUGACUGUCCAGUUUGUUCAGGGAAUCUUUGUGGAGAAGUACGACCCAACGAUAGAGGACUCCUACAGGAAGCAAGUGGAGGUGGAUGGACAGCAGUGUAUGCUGGAGAUCCUGGACACAGCAGGAACAGAGCAGUUCACGGCGAUGAGAGACCUGUACAUGAAGAACGGUCAGGGUUUUGCUCUGGUUUACUCCAUCACGGCUCAGUCCACCUUUAACGAUCUUCAGGACCUCAGAGAGCAGAUCCUCAGAGUGAAGGACACUGAAGACGUUCCCAUGAUUCUGGUUGGAAACAAAUGUGACCUGGAGGUGGAACGUGUUGUGGCCAAAGAGUCGGGCAUUGGCCUCGCCCGUCAGUGGAAUUCCUGCGCCUUCCUGGAGACUUCAGCCAAGAGCAAGAUUAACGUCAACGAGAUCUUCUACGACCUUGUCCGGCAGAUUAACAGGAAGAGUCCAGUUCAGGGAAAAACACGCAAAAAGUCCACUUGUCAGCUUCUCUAAUGACAGUUUUCACUUGACUGAUAUCCUACAAACCAACCAAUCACAGGACAUCUUCCAGCCAAUCACACCGCUUUAACAUGUCAUCGUCAACAUCAGCCCCCUCUGACUUCUAUUACCAUGAGGACCACGCCUCCCAUCCCCGUACCAUACCAUUUAAUGGAGACUUUUGCCUUGGAAACAAAAACCAAACAUCAAAAGACUGUGGCAGCAAUGAUGAUGAUGAUGAAGAUUCUGCUGUUGCAGGAAUGGGAGGAGGAGGAGGGGGGGGUGGGGGGGUUAUACAAACAGCUGCCAAGAUUUAAACAGCAAUUCCCAUCAUGCUCUUUGCUGGGUCAUUCUUUGUUGGGGAUUGGCCGCUUGCUUUUUGAUUUUUAAUGUUUCUUUAAUUUCUUUUCCUUUUACUUGUUUUCCAGCAGUCCCAAGCCAGCUGCAUGCAGUUUGACCAUCAGCCAUGUUGGCACCACAGUUAACAAGGUGACAUGCUAACAUGGCUAACUGUGUGUUUGUGUGUGGCUGUGGUUGAACCUGUGGAUCCUGUGAUAAUUAUUACAGUGGUUAUUAUUAUAAUUCUGUGUGAAAAGAUCUUAAGUCGGUUAAUGUCUGAUUUUUAAUUUUAUUUUUUUUGGGUGGGAGUGGGAGGGGUGCAGCAGGUCGUGGCGUCAGCUCACUGUGUUGCUAGCAAGAAACUAAUUUGAAUUAGCCGACCGCUAACACAGAACGUGUUUUGGCAACAUUCAGAAAGAAUGUUGAAGAUUUACAUGUGUUAACUCUAGGUUAACUUUAGGUUAUUUUAUUAGCCUCGCAGCUAGCUGGGAUGUUAGCAAUCUUAGUAUAUCCCAAGUGAAAGAAAUAGUCAUUUUUUUUGGUUUUGGACUAGCAUCUAGUAACGGUGUGAAUUAGCUACUGAAAUUCUUUGGUAAAUUAAGGAGGGAAUGCUAUGCCUAAAUACCGUUUGCGGAGUUUUAUUAGCAUUUUCUUUUACAACAAAAGCCCCCCAAAUUUUAUAUAUAUAUAUAUAUCUAUAUAUAUAUAUAUAUCUAAAUAUCUAAAUAUCUAAAGAUAUAAUAAAUAAAUGUCCUGUGUGUGUUUAUAUAGCAACCUUUACUGGCCAAAGCUAAUGUUACGAAUUUAAGCAACUCUGUGAUCUUGUGAAGUUAUUGAAUUGUCUUUAAGGCAGUUUAAUUGUCUAAAAGGACGCAUUAGUAACAGUACAAACAAACAGUACUGUUAGGCUUUUGUAGGUAUUAGCAUUAUGAGCUGUGAGCUAAUUUGUUGGCAUAGCAGCACAGUGAGCUAACUCUGGACCUGCUGUUCAGGGCAGACAUGUUGCCUUUAGACAGCAGACUCACACUGGUCCAGUACUUUGACUGCGUGUGUGUGUGUGUGUUUUGUGAGUGUGUUUUGAGUGUAUGUAAGCUCUGUAACAACAGUGAUCCAGGCCAGUGGCUAAGUUGGCCCGGCAGGGUUGUGUUAUAAUUACUGAUCUAAACAGCUGCAAGUGAUGUUUCUGCAUUAAUAACCAUAUUAGUAACUGAUUUCUAAUAUUAUUAGCUUAUCUGAGAGGAAAACACUGAGUAAUUGGCCCUGGCAGUCAAUGCUCCUGUUCACUGAUGGACAUAUUUAAAAUCAUCAUGGUUUGGAAGACCAAACUUGCUAAGAUGUUAGCAUGGACAACCACCUACAACUGUAUGAUUUCGAUGUGAACGUCCUUAUGAGUUAAAGAAAGGGUUUUAAAUAAGAUGUCAGUGUUUCAAUUUAACGUAGCACAGCUGGUUGAGACCAACCAGAUGGGGGUUGAGUUUAAUAUAUUAGCCCUGCCCCUUUGUGGAUAGGGCGUGGCCUGUGAAGCAGCUGCUUAAAAGCCAUCAGGUGUCUGUCUUCUGCUUGACAUGUGAUGCGAGUGGUUGGCUUACAGAAACGGCGUUGGACCAGUGACCUCUGUGAGUACUGCUGUGCACAGUGGUGUACUUUUGGGAGUACUGCGGCACGGUGUGGUACUGCUGUCAGUAUUCUGGUUCUCAGUACGUUACGUCAUGUAGCAUGUUGAUGUUUUUGUCAGUACGCAAUCUGACCUCCAGGAAAUGCUGCAACUGUUUGCAUGCCGAGCAGAAGUUUCCGGGUUGAAAGGUUUGUCUGCAGCCACGGUGAAGCCAUUGUGAUGUCAAGUUCUGUCACACAAAAAAGAAUGAGGAUAAUUAAUUUGAUGUAGUAUCUUAAAAGUUUGAGAUAGUAUUGCUAGAGUCCAAAUAAGUAUCAAAAUUGUGACUUUACAUCUUAAAAUUUUGAUAUACUAAUAAAAAAUACUUAAUGUCAAAAUUCCUACCUAAAAUCUGCACAAUUUGAGAUAGUUUAAAAUUUUAUAUGAUCCAAAAAAUGCCUUUAAAUCAAAAUGCUUUCUCCAUCAGAGCUUUUUGGUUGUAUUUUCUUGCUUUAUGGGUUAUUAUGUAGAGAUACAAGGACAUCAUUAAGAAUUAUUACUCCUUUAAUAAACACACCAACUUUUAUGAAAAUAUGUUUAACAUCAAGCUACAUUCUUUAAUAUGAAAACUAUUUCUGAAUGUAGAAUAUCUCAUUAAUAAAUAUAACAAGUAAUAGGUAAUGGCCUUGUAGUAUUGAAAAUAUAUUCAUAUAGAAUUCUACUUUGUGAUUAUGUUCAUGUGUAGACAAAUCCUUAAAAAGUCCUUUUAUCUCUUUGCAACUUUAUAGUGUGAAACAGUUUAUUGAAUGCUUAUUUGCAGCUUAUUGAUUUAAAAAUUAGAUGUCGCUAUUGAAGCCAUGGCUGCUUUCAGACCUUUCCAGCCUCCACACGUACAGGCUGCAGUGGCAUUUGUCAUUUCAUGUGACUUUUGUAAUAUUUCAUGACAAAGGCCAGGCUAAGAUUCAUGAUAUUGUGGCAGAUGUGGAGUCAGUCUGCAAGCACUUCUUUUAAAGCAUCCUGUGGCCUUAACAGUUAUGGUAAUAGGGUUUUUUACUAACAGUUAACAUUUUGAAGUAUUAACAUUUAUAGUCAGUUAUUAAAUAAUAAUAAAUGGAAUAAGACAUUGUAAUGUAGUUGUAAGCAGAUAGUUGUGUAAUGGUUUUACAGGAAAUGUGUAAUCCAUAUAUCUGCUAUAACUACAUUAGUGUGUUGUAAACUAUGUAUGUUCACUGCUUAUAUUUACAUAUUAUAUACAUCCUUAACCAGAAACUCUGUAAUAGAUUCUCAGACUAUUUCUUUUUAUGCCAUGUUGCCGUUGAAAUGACGAUUGCAGCUGCAGCCCGAUGCAAACAUAAGGAAAACGUUUUUUCAUUACUGAAAUAAAUCUGCUUCUUUUUUCUCUG